AUGGGGAAACAGAAUAGCAAACUGGCCCCCGAAGUCAUGGAGGACCUGGUGAAGAGCACCGAGUUCAACGAGCAUGAGCUCAAGCAGUGGUACAAGGGGUUCCUGAAGGACUGUCCGAGCGGGAGGCUGAACCUUGAGGAGUUCCAGCAGCUGUACGUGAAGUUCUUCCCCUACGGAGAUGCCUCCAAGUUCGCACAGCACGCUUUCCGCACCUUCGACAAGAACGGUGACGGCACCAUCGACUUCCGAGAGUUCAUCUGUGCCCUGUCCAUCACCUCCAGGGGCAGCUUUGAGCAGAAACUGAACUGGGCUUUCAACAUGUACGACCUGGACGGGGACGGCAAGAUCACCCGGGUGGAGAUGCUGGAGAUCAUCGAGGCUAUCUACAAGAUGGUGGGCACUGUGAUCAUGAUGAAAAUGAAUGAGGAUGGCCUCACGCCUGAACAGCGGGUGGACAAGAUUUUCAGCAAGAUGGAUAAGAACAAAGAUGACCAGAUCACACUGGAUGAAUUCAAAGAAGCUGCCAAGAGCGACCCUUCCAUUGUAUUACUCCUGCAGUGCGACAUUCAGAAGUGAGCGGACGUCGAUGCUAUGGACUGCAACAGAAGUCUUGAUGUUCCAUUCAGUCUGCAGCUAUUCACACACACACACACACACACACACACACACACACACACACACACACACACAAUUGCUUGGACUACCUAUACAUGGACUUGCUUCUUGUGUUUGAAACACUUGUGUGCAUGAGAAUGUCAUUUGCUAAUGAAUUUUAAAAGCAUAUAUUAUAAAACAAAAACUGACAACCUGCCACAAUGUGAUUCGUGUAACAUCAUUUCAUUAAAAUACAUCUUCCUCCAAAGCCUGGGCAGAAGCGUGCCGCAGAGUUCUAUGAUUUCCUGUACACGUUUUGCUAAUGCUUGUGUCUCCUUGAUUAUAUAAUGUUAGUAGCACUGAGACACCCCCCCCC